CCAAGUUCGUCUUACAUCUUUGCAUUAACGAAUUGAAUGGUAGAGUGGAGUAAGACCUUUCACUGCUUUCCAUCAGAUCCACCUCUCCACGCUCUUCAUUAUCAGUAACAUCAUCGUCAUCAUCAUCCACAUCGAUCCACAUCGAUUCCCGGCCUCAUCGUUGUCGCCAAGGGGUUUCCGCGUCGCCGUCCUCUCCUUCCUCCACUCAUCCUCACAGCGAGUCAAUCGCGUUUGGACCCGUUAUCGCCCCGAGAGACAUCGUCUCUCCCAUUACUUCUCUUAUUCUCCCCUCCCCAGGUGACACACCCCUCAAAGACACUGUGCCAUCAUGUCGUUGGGUCGCGAAGCAACACAGGUGCGCUCAAGAGACUCGGUCGCCUCAAGCAAAAAGGGCGCCACGAUGCACGGCUCGUCCAAACUGUCGCAGCGACCCUCGCUCCUCUCUCGAGCAUACAAUUCAAUGUCGACACGCGGUCAGAAGGGCAAGGAGUCGUUCAAAGAGACCAUCGCCAAGGUCAGCUCCCAUGAGGAUGCUCCUUCAGAGACCACAGCAGCAUCAGACCCAACACCAGCACCAAAGAGCUUCGCCGGUGUCUUCCAUUCACCGGAGCCAGGGUGUCGUCCUAAGCCACCAGCUAAGCUGACGCCCGAUCAGGAGGAGAAGUUAGCAGAGAUGCUAAAGUAUUUUCGAGCGAAAGACACAUAUCCAACAUCGCUCAAAGAUCCGCAGGCUGAGGAGAAGGCGCCGACAGAGUGGGAGAAGCUGCGCAUGCUGAGCAGGGAGAGCAUGCUGAGAUAUCUGCGAGCGACAAAGUGGGACCUCGCUCAAGCAAAGAAGAGGCUUACGGAUACGAUUGCUUGGAGAAGAGAGUUUCGCGUUGACCAGCUCGACCCGAACGUGGUAGAGCCAGAGGCAAGGAGCGGCAAGGAGACGGUGCUCGGUUUCGACAACAACGCCAGGCCCCUCCACUACAUGCAUCCUCACCGCAACGAUACCAAGGAGACGCCGCGGCAGAUGGAAUUUGCAGUCUGGAUUCUCGAACGAUGCAUUGACCUCAUGCCACCUGGCGUCGAGCAGUUGGCUCUCCUCAUCAACUUUGACCACAAGUCCCGCAACCCCACCAGCAUUUCCAACGCCAAGCUCAUGCUCUAUAUUCUCCAAAAUCACUACGUCGAGCGUCUCGGCGUUGCCCUCUGCAUCAAUGUACCAUGGGUCUUCAAGGCCUUCUGGAGCGCCAUUCAGCCUUUCAUCGACCCGGUCACCAAGUCUAAGUGCAAAUUCGAUGAGGGAAUCAAGAGCGAGGUGCCUGCCGCCCAGCUCAGUGCAGAGUACGGCGGCGACGUCGACCCCAAGUACAACCACGAUGCGUACUGGCCCAAAUUGGUCGAGCAAUGCGACGAGAUCCGCGCAAAGCAGUUGAAGCGAUUCAAAGAGCAGUGCAACUCAGAGAUCGGAGCGUCAGAGUGGGUCAUUCGUGGCGGCAAUGACAAGGAUUCAACUGAGCAGAUGGGCAAGAAGGACAUCGAGGACAUCGCGCAGGAGGCAGAAGACAAGGCUGCCCUGGCGAGGACGCAGAGCAACGCACCGGCUGAAGCGCCAACGACUCAGAUCUCUGAUCCAGCAGCAGCUCGACAGGAGGCUAUUGCCGCUUCCAAAGAGCGUGCAGAGGCGGGCAAGGCGGGCAAGGCGGGCGUCGCUCCCGUCACCUUGCCUAAUGGUCACUCCGACGACACUCCUGCCGACUUCAACCAGGGCACCGCCGACACGGCCGUCACCCCGUCAGAAGCCUUCAAGACUCCAAGCGCGAACGUGAACAAGAAUCCGAUCGAUCGCCACUUUAGCGCGCUGAAUGCGGCGCCCAUCGGUACUGGCGCGGCUUGCGUAGCAGGAGCAGGUGCAGCAGGAUCGGCCGCUGGUGACCCGGCCGUCGCUACGAAUGGUGACAAGCCUGCGGCUACCAUGUCCUCUGCAGAGCCGCAGGAGCACCACUCUGACUUCAAGACAGCAAUGAACAAGAUUUUCCACCCGGACAAUCAGCACGGCCAUGAUCACGAGAAAGGAUCGACUAUCACCAAUGGCGAUACGACCAACGGCGCAUCAGCGGAAGCACGCAGCGUGACACUCCUCCUCUUUGCCGCUGCCCGAGACGCGGCCGGUCGCUCGACGAUGAGGCUUGACCUUCCGUCUUCACCCUCGCCCUUCCCCCUGAAGGACCUGGCCUCGCUACUUGAGGCGCAAGGCUCGAAGGACAAGGACGCUGAGAAGGUCAAGGACCUGCCGCGACUUCAGGAUGUGCUUAAGCGCUCACAAUGGAGUGUGGGGCAGUCGAUGGUGGAUGAGGACGAGGUUGAUAAGACGAUGCUCAGGGGUGGAGAGGAGGUGGCUGUCAUACCGCCGGUGAGCGGUGGAUGAGGAUCAGCUAAUGAUGAGCGGUGAAGCGAAGGGCAGGAACGCAGACGGCAGAACAUAUCAUACAUCUAGUCUUGCCGACAUUCUCUUCCCAGUGUCAUGAUCGUUCUGGCCCCACCUGGCUUUCAGCGGACUGCAAUGUCAAAAGUGCAACGUACCACUGUUUCCUCGCUCCUCAGCUUAUUCGCAACGUCCGUGCGCUUACUCUACUGUCCGUCGCUGCAGUUUCACCUGUCAAGAGGGGCAUUCGGUGAGCCCUUGAAGGCCGGCAAGGGGUGGGCUUGAUUUGACCCGCUGCCUCGCCUUCGUGGUCGCUCCCUCGACUUGGA